AUGCAAAGGGCAUUCAACUUCAAACUAUUGGUGCCCCCAAGAGCUGCAGUAAAGCCUCAGGAAACAGCCUUACUUGAAGACAACUGUGUUUCCUCUCCAUCAAAUCAGAGUUACAACAGGUGUAUGGAUAUGGAGACAAGCCUGCCUUUUCCUUCCAAAAUGGUGCAUCCUACAAGGACAUCACGAAUUGAGGGACCAAAGGCUGCAGUCAUGCCAAUGGAAAAGGGAGAGACAAAACUGAGAUCCAGCCAGCUGUACUCCAGAUUGCUGGAUGAAGCUGAGAAAAUCAAACUGUGGAAGUUCAGAAUGGAUUCGGAGAUGUCACAAAAAGAUAGGAAGCUUCAGGAGAACAGAAAAACUAUUGAGACCCAGCGCAAAGCUAUUCAGGAGCUUCAGUUUACAAAUGAAAGUCUAAGCAUGAAAUUAGAGGAUCAACUCAAUGAGAAUGAAGACCUUAGAAACAAGAGUAAUUCAACCAGGAACUUGUGUAACAUUCUGAAGGACACAUUUGAGAGGUCUGCUGAGAAAAUGAGUCUGUUUGAGGCUGAACGGGAGGAAACUCAAGAUCUGUUUAUACACAACAGUGAGCAUAUUCAGAGGAUGGGGGCAGCAUUUGAAAGUCUUCGGAAGCAAGCAGAAGCUGAUCAGCAGGAUAUGUUGCAAUUAAGGGAAGGCCUUAAACAAUUAGAAGAUCUUAAAAUGAAGUUUGAAAUUGACUGCCAUACAAAGGAAAAGGAGGUUGCUAUUCUUCUAGAAAAACUCCAAUCAAAAGAAAGCAAUCUCAAAGAAGUCUCACUAAAACUCCAAGAGGCACAGCAAAGCUGCAGUUUACUACAGGAGUCUGCAAAGCAACAUCAGAAAUUACUUCAAAGUGUUAUGCAGGACCAGCAGGCCCUUGAAGAAAAACUCAGGCUAACAGAGCAACUCAAACAGGAGAUUGAGGUAAAUCAAAGAGCAUUAACCAAUGAACUGGAACAAAACAUGGAAAAGCAUGCAGAAGUCCUUCGGAAGAAAAAUACUGAAAUAGAGGAGCUAAACAACCUCAAAGGGCAACAGUCAAACCAACUUGCAGAGAUGGAGUUGACAGUGAAUUCUUUGCAGGCCUCACUAACAUCAGAAAUGCAUAGGGUACAAGACCUUGAGACCAAGUUAAGCUCAGUAUUGAAUGAACUCAGUGAGAAAAACUCACAGUUAGAAGUAAUCAAUGGGCAGAAAAAGGACUAUGGCAAGCAAAUACAGAUACUCAAAGAUGAGAUGGAUGUGAAGUCAAAGUCACUUAGGUCUGUAAAGGAGAAAUUACAGACAAGUGAGGAUCAGAUGCUCCAGCUUACUGUAGCUCUUGAAGAGAAACAAACAGAAGCAAAUCAAUUGAAGGAUGCAAUGGAGAAAACCGCCACCAAAAAUAAAAACACAGAGGAGGCCCUGAAAAAGGCUUUACAUGAGUUUGAUGAGUUGCAAGAAGAAAUUAUUUUGAAAGAGACUAAACUGAAAGAGAUAGAAGGACAAUUGCAAGGAGCUUUGGACAGUGGUCAUAAAUCAUCAAAAGAGGUAGAAAGAUUGGAGAAGGACAUAGAGCAACAGAAAGAGAUAUAUGAGGAGCUGUUUUUGAAGUUUAAUGACCUGCAGAUACAGAAGGACACCAUGCAACAACAGGCUGAGGGUGAUGCUCAAGAAAAAAAAGUCCUACAGUCUCAUCUCAUGGACAUCAAAGCAAAUGCAGAAAGGGAGAAGAUGGAAAAAGAGAGACUUGAGAGGGAGAAAGAACAGCUUCAGGUGCAGGUGGAUAUUUUAUCUACAAAAAUAGCUGGUCAAAAUGAAGAGAGUAAGAAUGCUCAGGAGCAGUUGAAAGAGAGUGGCAGAAACUCAAAGAGAGAACUUCUGAUGAAAGACAAACAAAUCAAAGCAUUGGAGUCAAAGCUAACAAACUUGAAAACAAAACUAGAGACCAAAAUCAAGGCUCAUGAUGAGUGCCAAAAUGAGAUAUCUAAAUUGAAGGAGGAGUCUGACAACACAAAGAAACAUCACAAGGAGGAGCUUCAGAAAAUGUGCUCUGACCUUGAAGACAAAUCAACAUCUGAGACACAACUCAACCUCGAGGUGCAGAAACUGAAGCAAACAGCUAUGGACGCAUUGAAGAGUAAAGAUGACGCAGAAAUCAAAUGCCAGCAGAAGAUAUCAGACAUGGUUGCUUUGAUGGAGAGGCACAAGCAUGAGUAUGACAAAAUGGUAGAGGAAAAAGAUGCAGAGCUGAGUGAAAAACGGAUGAGAGAAGCUGAAGUCAAUGCAAGUAAAGCAUUACUGGAGCUGGAGCUGUCGCACCUGCAAGUAGAAAAUAAUGAGCUGAGACAACAGCUUGAUCAGAUCAAAAGAGAAAAGAUGGCCUUGAGGACGUCUCUUGAAAAAGACACACCUCAAAAGAUAUCUGAAACAAAACCCAAGAAAGGGAGAAGCAGGAUCUCUAAAACUCUAAAAACUGCUUCCACUAAGCAGGCAGAAAAUGAAUCUCCAUCAAGAAAUGCAUCUGCCACUCCUAGUGGAGCUGUGAAUGAAGUCAUAAAAAACCCUUUGUGGAGUCUCAGCACUGGAAGAACACCUCAGAUAAAGUCGUUCAGAAUCCGGACACCACCAACACCUGAUAAAACUGGGUCUUGGAAGACCAGCAUCCUGAUGCUGGACCCCAAGUCAGACAGCUCAGAAUUCAGUGAUGUACUGAGUUUCUCUCCGAGACCUGUUAAGUCAAAGAAACCAAUGAUGCCAAAAGACCCAGAAACAGGGAGUUCAGGCAUGCUCAAGAAGGUGCAGAGUUCUGUUGCCUGCAAGUCUCCAGGAACAGCUCUGAAACUUGCAGCAAUAAAGAGAAUGCGAGAUGCUGGAUGGACCACCGUCAGCAGUUCAGAUAAGAAGAAAACAAAGUUAACAGAGAAAAUAUUUGCUUGA